AUGGUCCCAGCUGUGCCAGAAUUCGCUGCAAUGUUCCGUCUCACAAUGGCCGCCAUUGAUCCAAGUGAACAGCCUGAGCUCGAAGCUGCCGACGAUAAGCAAAAGCCUCGAGCAACUCUAAAAGUUGUCCGUGUCGCUGAAGAUAUGUUCGAUGAUGAUGAGGAUGAAGAUGACUACGAAGACAUGGACGAAGAUGAUGAAGACGACUCUGAGGAGGAAGGUGUCAAUGGCGGUCCCAGUUCCAAGAAACCUAAAUCAAAAGCUGCUCUUCUGGCUGGCGACGAUGACGAAGAUAUGGAGGAUGAAGAUGAGGAAGAUGAGGAAGAUGCCAAGGACCUUCUCGCCAGGAUUAUGAACGUCGACAAGAAGGGCAAAUCAAAAGCUUUGAACGGAUUGAAUGACGAUGAUGAUGACGAGGACGACGAUUCUGUCGAAGGUUUGGGGCUCGAUGAGGUUGUCAUGUGCACACUCGACCCGGAAAAGCAAUACCAACAAACCCUUGACUUCGUCGUUGCUGAAGGCGAAAAGGUCUUCUUCAAGGUCUCUGGCAGCCUGACUGUCCACCUCACUGGAAAUUACAUCAUGCCGCUAGAUGAGCCAAGUGAUGACGAGGAUGAUGAGUACGAUCUUUCCCCUGACGAGGACGAAGAGGAUCUCGACGGUCUUGACGCCCUUGUAAACGGUGAUGACGAGUCCGACGAGCUCGACGACAUCAAAGACCCCAAAAUUACAGAGCUAGAUUCUGAAGAGGAGGCAGACCUCAAGUCGAAGAUCACUGCUCCUCCAGCCACCAAAGGCAAGAACAAGAGACCAGCCGCAGGUGAUGCUGAGGAGGAUGUCUCGCUGGACACCAUCAUGGCCAAGUCUCUCGGCAAGCCUGAUGAUACUGCUGCCCCAACAGAGGCCAAGAAGCUAUCUAAAGCUGAGAAGAAGAAGGCCAAGAAGCUGAAGAACAACGAUGGUGAAGCUGCCACUCCACCCCAAGACACUACGAAAGAAGCUGUCCAAGCCAGUGGCGCUGACUCCGGUAAGAAGGUGCAGUUUGCCAAAAAUCUUGAACAGGGUCCAACUCCUUCCAAGAACGAUCCCGCCAAGCCAGACACCAAGACUGAUUCCAAGAAGUCUUCCUCGCUAGGCGUAAAAGACGUUCAAGGUGUCAGCGUCGAUGAGCGCAAGGUUGGUACCGGUCCUCAAGCCAAGAAGGGCUCCAAGCUUGAGAUGCGUUACAUCGGCAAGCUCGACGACGGCAAGGUCUUCGACAGCAACAAAUCAGGCAAGCCAUUCUCUUUCAAGCUUGGCGCUGGCGAGGUCAUCAAAGGUUGGGACCUUGGUCUCGCAGGUAUUGCUUCGGGCGGUGAGCGACGUCUCAUCAUCCCUGCACACCUCGCAUAUGGCAAGAAGGCUCUACCUGGCAUUCCUGCCAAUUCCAAGUUGACCUUCGACAUCAAAUGUAUCCGGGUGUCAUAG